AUGAACCCCCCAGAUGUUGCCUCUUCCAAAGCUCCCACCAAUUCAACCUCUAUUGAAUCCGUUGAAUUAUCCAUCACAAAACUAAUCAAAAAUUGCCACAGAAAGCUUGAAUGGCAAAACAUCUUAAAUCCUAACACAGCGCCAUGGAGAAGUCGCCUAGUCGAUUUUUUAGAAUCAAUCAUUGUUCGCGUACUCACAAUCAUACUGCUUAUUGUCGAUCUCAUUGUCAGUAUUCUUCAACUUUCUUCUUCAUUAUUGUCGUGCACACCUAAAAAAAAGUACCAUCUAGAACAUGUUUGGUACCAUUGGGUAGAGAUUGGUAUAUUAAUUCUACUUUCGGUUAAAAUAGUUGGUUUAGCAAUAGGACUAGGCAGCUCAUUCUUUAGACGUCCGGGCUAUGUGAUUGAUGGAGUUGUUGUAAUUGGAGCAAUAAUUUUGGAAAUAUUUUUGAAGGAAAAAGGAGGUGGGUUGAUUGUAGUGGUGAGUUUGUGGCGAGUUCUGAGAUUGGUAGAGAGUGCAUUUGAGUUGAGUGACGAGGCAAUUGAGGCACAAAUUGAAGGUAUUUUGUGCCAAUUUGAAGCUCUUAAAGAUGAGAAUAUCAAACUUAAAGAGGCGAUCGGUGAGAAAGAUAAGAUGAUAGAAGAGCUCCGAGAAGAACUGGAUCAGUUUAGAUGUAUUUGUCUGCGUUCGUUACAGUAA